AUGAACCAACUACGGACACUAUUUAUGCUACUCCAAGAAGAUUUUAAGGAUACUAUUAAAGGAAAAGGAUCAGACAAAGAUGCUAAAUUAAAGAAGACAAUUCGUAAACAUAAUCUAUUAUCAGAAAUGUUGGUGCAACUGGGUGAUGCGUAUGGGGCAAUUUUUAUCAUUCAAGGGGUGUUUGUCACUGUCACCGUCUGCUUCUAUGGGAUAGCCGCAAGAAUAAACUGCAGACUCGAAGACAUGAAAAAUUUCAUGAUUUCUGUUAUAUCAAUCAUCAAUAUUUUUUACUGCUGCAGAGAAGGACAACUCGUUACUGAUUCGGCAACAGAUGUCGCUAUUGCAAUUUACGAUAGCCCUUGGGAAGAUCUAUCAUGCAGACAUAGAAAGAUGAUAUUGCUUAGCAUUAUAAGGUCACAGCGUGCCACUUACAUCAGUUCCACGAGUUUUACUAAAAUAUCUUUGACGACUUUUAAAACGAUUAUGAACAUGGUAUGGACAAUCAUUUCACUGAUAACUAAGAUUUAUACCAAAAACUAGCAAAUUUUUGUGGUUUUGUCUGCAUGAAAUCCUCUUUCUUCGAAUGUUCUAUGGUAGGCGUUUACAGGACCGCAUCGGACGUAUCGGACGCAUCGUAUCAAACGGAUUUUAGAAUUCUUUGUAUAGAAAUGCCAUACAAGUGCGUUCACUGAUCCGUAUCGUACUGAUCGCAUCGAACGGUUUUCAUCUACCGUCAAAUUAAAAACCCGUUUGAUGUCAUGCGUCCGAUACGUACGAUGCGAAUCUGUGGACGCCUGCCAUUAUUAGGAUAAAAAGUUAAAUUUAGUUUUAACGACACAAUUUUUAAGUUUAGUUAAAGUUCAAUAACCAGUAAUUUGGAAUAAAAAGGAGUCUUGUGUGUGUAAAAUAAAUUUAUUAAUAUAAAAUACCUACAUGUAAUAAUUUACUCUACUUUUUGUUAAAGAUGAA